CAAUGGCAGCGGAUGAGGAUGCUGACGUUUUUGAAAUUACGGAUUUCACCACAGCAUCCGAAUGGGAAAGGUUCAUUGCACGAUUCGAAGAAACCCUGCAUGAAUGGAAACUUGUCAGUCAGCGCCCUCUACCUCCGGUGGCAAAGGGUCAGCUCACUUUUGGCCAGUGGGAAGAGGAGACCACUCAGCUGAGUUUUGCUGACUUCAAGUUCACGGUAACACAUCAUUAUUUGAAGCCAGUGACCUCCCCUGACGGAGGUCGAGACAGCGAGGGCAGAGAUGAAGAUGUAGAUGAGGACCAUGACCAGAUUCCGAAUGCCUUCCUGGACAUGAUGUCAAUGGAUAAUGAUUUUCCCUCCAGAGCCCAUUGUUUGAGUAGAUGGUAUGGGUUGCGGGACUUUGUGGUUAUAUCUCCUGUCAACGACGCCAUCGAUUCUGAGAGCCGCAGUAAAUUACUGGUCAGCUCAGUGAACAUCGCUCUGAGCAACACAGGAUGCCCUGUACCAGUGUUUGUGCAGAUCUUACAGAGCUGGAGAAAGAUGUACAGCGGAGUUUGUGUGGCCACAGGACUCACCACCCAGUUCGACAUGGUCCAUCUUAAGAGAAUCCCUCCUCAGUACAACCACCUGGCUGGCCUUCUCGACGUCUUCAAAGGAAAACUGGGUAUGUCAACGGUGUCUUUGCCCCCAGUCUCUGUGUCGGUCCGCUUCACAUAUGUCCUACAGGACUGGGUUAACUCCCCCUGGCCUCAGGGACCUCCAGAUCUUUCAUCAGUCGGAGGUGACGAGGUUGGUUUCACGGAAAUUGGUACUCUACCAUUCGGGGCUUGUGAAGAUCCUGUCAGUGAACUGCAUUUAUCAUGUACUUGGCCAAGUCUUUCUGAAGAGAUGAUCGUAGAUAACCAGGCUUAUUCAGAUUUAGACCCUUUACAAGCUCCCCAGUGGACUGUCAGAAUACAGAUGACUGAAGACCCAUUCUGCUUACUCGGAGACUACCUGCGUGAUUUCCUGCAGCUCUGUCAUUGUAAGGAAACCACAGACCAGCUUUUGGGCAAAGCUCUCAUGGAGGAUGAUGACAAAGACACAUCAGCAGACAUUAGUCAGGCUCUACAGAGGUUAACAGAGCCAGCAGUCCCCUACUCUAUACCCUCACUGACCUCUGUGAUGUCACACGCUUCCACCAGGUUAAAGGUCAAACCUGAUGAGUCACCAAUCCCUGCAGACCUCCUCAACAGUGUACUCCUGUACCUCUUCCCUGACGCUAGUCCUGACGCUGCAUCCUUGGCAACUGAGGACACGCCCCGUGAAGACAGUAACAACAGCCACCCUGGGGAGCUUUCAGACCGUUUUAUAAGGGACCUCACAAAGCAGCUGAAGGCAGCCCCCCACUUGAGCCUCACGCAGAAGUUAGCAAUCUGCUCGUGUCGUGUAAGUCAGGGUGCAGGAGGUUUGUGCGCCGUUGCACAUCUCUGGCAGGAGUUUAUACUGGAGAUGAGGUACAGGCUGGAGAACAACUUUAUGAUACCAAAUUUGGAAAGGUCAGCACCAAACAUGGGCUCUUGUAUCCUUCAUCAGAAAUUACAGAUGUUGAACUGUUGUAUAGAGAGGAAAAUAAGGCGAGAAGAACAGCAGGCUAAAUUCUCAGGGGCUGACCCUGGCGAUGCAGGGGGGACCGAAACAGGGAAAGACAAUUUAGAGGGCGCUGUUGGACAAGAAAGCUCUAGUGAAGAGGAAAUGGAAUUUUUUGAGUGUGAUGAAUCUGUGACUGAAAAGCAAAAUGAAUCCGCGACUGAAGGGGCAACUGAGGAAGAAAAAGAAGUUGAAAAAAAGGCGUCAAAUUUAGGGGAAAGUUGUGAUUCUAAUGACGCCACAUUUUUUAAAGACUCUAUCUCAUACAGACCUGAUGGCCGACUGCGACCAUACGGAGACUUAAAAUUGCUUGAUUCUGGGGAGACGUUGUACAUACCGAUCACCCAGGAACCAGCCCCAAUGACGGAAGACAUGCUUGAUGAACAUGCUGAAGCAUUGGCCAAGUUAGGAACGUCCUCAGAAGGUGCUCAGCUUAGAGCGCGAAUGCAGAGUGCAUGCCUACUCUCUGAUAUGGAGUCCUUCAAGGCGGCCAAUCCUGGGUGUGUCCUGGAGGAUUUUGUCCGCUGGUAUUCCCCGCGCGAUUAUGUGGAGGCGGAUGUGGAGAAUGAGGAUGGCACAAAGACAAAAACAGGGCAUCUGAGUUCUCGUAUGCAGAUUCCGGGGAACAUGUGGGUGGAGGUUUGGCAGAGUGCCAGAGCUGUUCCUGCCCGGCGACAGAGGAGACUGUUUGAUGACACGAAAGAAGCAGAAAAGGUGUUGCAUUUCCUGUCAGCCCUCAAGCCUGCCGAGGUGGUGUUGCACCUGAUGCCUAUGCUAAUACAGUCAGCCAUCCUACGUAUUGUGGAGAACGAAGAUCCACAUGUGCCUAAGCUGAAACUGUUGAUUGAGCAAAUUACGUCAAAGGCGGCCAAAGCGACGAGGUCCCCCUUGCCCGAGAUACGCCGUUACGAGGACUUACUGAAGGCCAUCAGACUAGCGGAGACUGUGAUAGCAAGGGCAAAAUCACUGAAAUCGAAGUUCUUUAUGGAGCUGAUGGAGCACAGUGGUGAAGAAGAGGCGGAGAUUCAACAUUUUGUGUCCUGUCUCCUCUCCCAGCCAGAGGUGAUCGUGAGAGGUGGACCCCAAGGCCCCGCAGGAACUCUUGUCCAUAGACUCUUCUUAGCGGCUCAGAAGUCGGCUCACAUGGUGACGAAUGAAGAUGCGAUAGAAGAAGACGAUUUGAGUUUGACAUUAAAUCCCCAUCGUCCAGCGAGUACCAUUCCUGACUUCCCUCGUCCAUCUGGCAAAGAGUACAUUCUCAGGACAACUGUACCAAGACCUGCCCCAUACUCUAGACCCUCCCCACAGAGAAUGUACUGUGUUCUCAUAGAUGGGGAUUUCAGACUGGCUGGAGCCUUUACAGCCGAUACAACAUUUCAGUGACAGAUUCCUCAAACCUCCCAACCCCCCACCCCCACCUUAUUCUAGACCCUCCUCAAUGAGGAUGUACUGUGUUCUCAUUUAUGGGGAUUUCAGAUUGGCUGGAGCCUUUACAGCCGAUACAACAUUUCACUGACAGACCUGGCCACCACUCUAGACCCUCUCCACAGAGAAUGUACUGUGUUCUCAUUCAUUGGGAUAACGAAACGAUCAUGAUUGGCUGAUUUUAGGAUCGGUCAAAAAUUUCAGCAACGCAGUCUGUCGAUGUCGUUCUUUAUUAAUGUCGAGGAUUACUGUGAAAAUGGAUCAUGAGAUAUUCAGUAACUUUACUGGUAAAACAGCAAUCAAAUAAGUUCAUAAGUAGAUGUAUAUACUGCAUUGAGGCCGAAAAUAUACAUCAAAUGGCUCAGUUUAUGAAUACUAAAUGACAGCAUUAGCUCAGUCUUCAUUAACCAAUGUAAAAUGUUGGGCAAUACCUUCAGAGUUCAGCAAUAUGAACACUUGUCAUUCCCCAUGUCCGUAGCCAAGGUGGUUAGCAUGGCACAGCGAAAUAAUGCAAUAUGUCGGCUGUGAGUUCAAGCUAAGCUCCUACUGGCUACCUCUCCAGUUGUACAUAUGAAGGUUUGUCAGCAACCUGCGAAUGGUCAUUGGCUUUCCCCCAUUUCCUCCCACAGUAAUGCUGGCCGUUGUCAUAUAAGUGAAAUUUUCCUAAGUACAUGGUAAACACCAAUCAAAUAAAUUAAACAGCAUGGCCUUAUGGCA